UGUUCUGACGACCUUCUUUUGUUUUCUUAGUUAACCUUUAUAUGUUGGUCUGUUUUGGCCCCUUUAUAAAAGGUUUUGGUGUUGCUUGACCAAGGGAGUUGUAUGCAACCUUGCUUGUACUUCUUCAACUCACAGUCUCUGCAACAAGAAAUGUUUUGGCUGCUUUUAAAAAUUAGGGAUGCACUAACAUGAUAUCACAGGGCACUGUUACUUGAAAUGUCGUUGUCUAAUAAGUAUGUUCUCUUUUGUACUGUAAAAUGCACUUUUGAUGACUGUUUUGUCAUUGCUUGGUACCUUUCAUUCCAUGAAGUCCAUUUUCAUCUUUUCUUUUAUAAACCCUUUUAUUCUGCAUGGAAAACCUGCAUGGUGGAUUAUUUCAAAUCCCUUUUUAACUCCCAAUUUAUUAUGUAUCCUCCACCACUGAGCCUAACAUAUUUCUUUCAGGCUGCUGUUCAGCUGCAUAUCUCACUGCCAAGCUUGUUUAUCACACACGUGCCUCACGCUUGUUUUAUUUCACUCCAUGCCUUGUUCUCAUUAUCACUCUUUGUCAUCGGCAUGCUCAUUUCAGACAUUCGCAUGAAAUCCAGAGGUGUUGGCAUGCCUCGCAGCCAAUCUGCAGCAGGUCGACUUGCCCAACAGACACAACAACAUCCAGGUUCAUCGAACCAUAACGCUAGUAAUUCAACUGAAGAAGUUUCUCGUGGUGUGGCAGUGGAGAAACUGGACAGCGUGAAGAAAUGGGGCAUAAACACAUACAAGUGUACAAAGCAGAUGUUCUCAGAGAGGUUUGGACGAGGUUCACGAACUGUGGACCUUGAACUCGAGGCUCAGAUUGACGUGCUAAGAGAUACCAAGAGCAAGUAUGAAAACAUCUUAAGACUGGCCACUGCACUCAUCAGUCAUUUUCAAAGCAUGGUGCAGACACAACAGGCUCUAGGUGAUACCUUCACUGACCUUAGCCAGAAGUCCCCAGAGUUACAGGACGAGUUUGGGUAUAAUGCAGAAACACAAAAGCUGUUGUGUAAGAAUGGCGAGGCUCUGCUUGGUGCCAUCAACUUCUUUGUGUCUAGUGUCAACACCCUGGUCAACAAAACAAUGGAGGAUACUCUGUUGACCAUUAAGCUGUAUGAAAACGCAAGACUUGAGUUUGAUGCCUAUCGAUCUGAUCUGGAGGAGAUGAGUUUGGGCCCUAGGGAUGCAGCUACCAUGGUCCGCAUUGAGAUGGCUCAGCAUGACUACCAGAUCCACAGAGACAAAUAUGAAAGGCUGCGCAGUGAUGUCACCAUCAAGCUAAAAUUCCUGGAGGAAAACAAGGUGAAGGUGAUGCACAAGCAACUGCUUCUCUUCCACAAUGCUAUCUCAGCUUACUUUGCUGGCAACCAGCAGCAGUUGGAACAAACUCUAAUACAGUUCAAUGUAAAAUUAAAGCCCCCAGGAUCAGACAAGCCAUCCUGGCUGGAGGAGCAGUAAAAGGUCAGCUGAUUGAGAUGUACAGUGACACACUGGUCAGUGAAGAACUCGACCUUGUGGUUAGAUGGACAAAAAUUAAAUGCAUAAAGGAUUAUAUUGUAGGAGCAGUAGCUGCCAGUGAUAAAGAAAAACAUGAGAUAUCUCUUUUGUAAUGUUUUUUUUCAGUAUGGCUUAUUACAUAGAUGGAACGACAAUUUCAGUUAUAUCUAGAACUGUUUUGUUAAAUCACAAAAUGACCUUUUGUUACUUUCUUAUUCUUUCAGUAGCACAAUCAUUUACAUGAAUAUCCCUUCUUGUUUAUGUACAGUAUAGUCUUCUAUUGUGGAGAUACCCCUUGGCAGUUUUGCACAUGCAUUAGUUUUUUUUUUUUUUAAUGUUGUCUAAAACAUUUUCUUGAAUAUUUUAGAGAAUAUCACAUGGGAGGAAUUCCACAAAUCAGAUUAGCAAGUUAGUGGGAUACUGUCAAAACAAAUACAAAAUAUUAUCUGAAUUUAUUUUUCUCGAAUAUGCAUGACUGAACCUUGAUCAAAUUUUGUUUGAAUAUAGUUUUCAAACUUAUCCCACUAUGUUUCUAAUUUCACUUUGUGGAAUAUCUGCUUGAAUAAACAGUUUGCAGGUUACAUUAUUUCUUAGAAGGAAAAAAAUAUAUAGUGAAUAUAGUGUUUUUAUCUCACCUAAUAUACAAUCCAUAAUUGGUUUUAUCUCUAAAAUGCUGGGUACCUUCAGGUAUGUCCUUAUGAAUCCAGCAAAGUACCAUUGUUGUUUAUUUCAAGGUUUACAUGUGGAAUAAAGCCUCAAAAACAGAUGCAACACUUACAAAUCAGCAUCAAUUGAUGAUGAAUACAACUCAGCUCUCAACUAUCAUAAAGAAAUCAAAAUGAAAAGGCAAUACAAUGGUUGAUUCACUAUGUUUCAAUAGGAGGAGCUAGUGUGCAACAACAAAGAACCGCCUCAGAGACUCUUUAAGUCUCACAUUUUAAAAAACAAACCAUGAAUAGGAAUACUGGAUGCAUGUGAUACCACAUGCAUCUUACAUUUAAACAUACAAGUUUCAGUGUCUUUUUAAGGACAGAAUGUAUGAGUACAUUUUUCUUAUGUUGUGUUAUUUAUUUACCAAUGUUAUGUACUUUUCUUUGGGGUUUUAGUCAGCUGAUUGUCCUUGUCUUGUUCUGCAUUUCCAAUAAAGUCUGCUGGAUGUUUUGUUUCA